AUGGGGUGUUGCCAUUCAUCUCCCCCCAAAGGCCCUCGUUCCGACAAGGAUCACCACCACCCCUUCGGUGGCCCUCCCCACCGCCCUCGCUCCUCUAACGGCACCGCCGCUUCCGCCGACGGCGGUGGAGCUGCCGGACUCGGUGGUGGUGUACCCGGCUUCUCCGAGUACUCUCUAGCUGAGCUGAAAACCGCCACUAAUAACUUCAGCUCCGAUUUCAUUGUCUCCGAGAGCGGCGAGAAAGCUCCAAAUGUGGUCUACAAAGGAAAGUUGCAGAACCGCCGGUGGAUCGCUGUCAAGAAAUUUACUAAAAUGGCCUGGCCUGACCCUAAACAGUUCGUGGAGGAAGCGCGCGGUGUUGGGAAAUUGAGGUGUAAGAGGCUGGCGAAUUUGAUUGGAUACUGCUGCGAGGGUGAUGAAAGGCUACUUGUUGCUGAGUUUAUGCCCAAUGAUACUCUUGCCAAACAUCUUUUCCACUUUGAGACUCAAACUCUCGAGUGGGCUAUGCGAUUAAGAGUGGCUCUAUAUAUUGCUGAGGCACUGGAUUAUUGCAGUACAGAAGGUCGUCCGUUGUACCAUGAUUUGAACGCGUAUAGGGUUCUCUUUGAUGAGAAUGGUGAUCCGCGGCUCUCUUGUUUUGGAUUGAUGAAAAACAGCCGGGAUGGCAAAAGCUACAGCACAAAUCUUGCUUAUACACCUCCUGAGUAUCUAAGAAAUGGUAGGGUCACCCAAGAAAGUGUUGUUUUUAGCUUUGGAACUGUGCUUCUGGAUCUGCUCAGUGGGAAGCAUAUUCCUCCUAGUCAUGCACUUGAUAUGAUUAGAGGCAAAAACAUACUUCUCUUAAUGGAUUCACAUUUGGAGGGGAACUUCUCAGCUGAAGAGGCCACUAAGGUUUUUGAUCUUGCUUCACAAUGCUUGCAAUAUGAACCUAGGGAACGUCCAAACACAAAAGAUCUCCUUGCAACACUUUCUCCACUGCAGAAUAAAUCAGAUGUUCCAUCUCAUGUUAUGCUUGGUAUUCCGAAGCAAGUUGAAGCACCAGCUACUCCUCAGCACCCACUUUCACCAAUGGGGGAUGCUUGCUCACGGAUGGAUCUAACUGCUAUUCAUCAACUUUUGGUUGCUAUACACUACAAAGACGAUGAGGGUACCAACGAGUUAUCUUUCCAAGAAUGGACUCAACAAAUGAGAGAUAUGUUAGAGGCAAGGAAGCGUGGGGACUUGGCAUUUCGAGAUAAAGACUUCAAGACUGCUAUAGAUUGCUACUCCCAGUUUGUAGAUGUGGGCACCAUGGUCUCUCCAACUGUUUAUGCCCGUCGAAGCCUUUGCUAUCUAAUGUGUGAUCAACCGGAUGCAGCUCUUCGAGAUGCAAUGCAAGCGCAAUGCGUCUACGCAGACUGGUCUACAGCUUUCUACAUGCAGUCAGUUGCCCUUGCCAAGCUAGACAUGCACAAAGAUGCAGCUGACAUGUUGAAUGACGCUGCUACGCUCGAAGAGAAAAAGCAACGUGGUGUGCGAUGA